GUUACUAAUUUACUCUUUUUUCAAUGAAUUGGAAUCGCACGUACGAUCCUCCGUGAAUGCAAAUGUGAUUCGCGCAUGCUUGAUCUGUGUUCGCUGUUCGAAGAUUUAGAAAUUUCUUACAAGUUAGACUAAAGCGCUUAUUGCUUUCGACAUGAAAUCAAAUGGGAGAACUUAUUAUUAUUUCAUUCUUGUUUACUUUUCGCUUCAUUAGUUCUUUUGUCAACAAUUUCUCCUUUGUAGUUAGCAUGUUAAUUAACCGUUUAGAUGUUUAUCAUUGUAUUUUUUCUGAUAAAUUUUUGAUCGAAGAAAUUCCUCUCAAAUUAACAUAUUUUGUGGUGAUAUAAGGAGAAAUUUAAUAUUCAAAACAGUUAUUUACGUUUUCAGAAUCCAGAUUCUUAGAUUCCCGUUAGUGUGCCGAAGAUUUUGUAAUUCUGCUGUAAUAUAUAUGUUAAUUAAUUGACUUACGCUUAAAAAAAUUCUAAAAUGGCUUACUUUGCUGUUGUUACAGCUGAUGGCGGUGUACCAAUUUUUCAACAAUCUACAGGAGAGAUUAAGUCGAAACUGCCCUUUGCUACAGUUGGGGCUCUGAAUGGAAUUCACAUGUAUUCCCGCUUGCAAGAUGCAGAAUUAAAGAGAGCUAUAACUCCCGAGGAAAAAAUUUUAUGGAGGGAAUACCAUAAAAGGCUUGUUUUAAUUUUAAUUACGAAAAAUGAUAGCUUUCAUGACUGUCAUAUGUCAAACCUGUUGGAUAAUAUGUUUGCUGCAAUUGCUAUGAUUAUUGGAUUUGACUUGAUCCUGAAACAAGGGGAAGUAAUGAGACUUCAAAAAGCAUUAACAAAUUGUAGCUGCUUGAUAAAUUAUUUCUUGGAGCAGAUAGACUUGGAAAAGGGUAAUAUUGGCGAUUUGACUAGAACAACUGACUGUAUGUUAGCACCUGAAACUCACAUUUUAAUGGAAUGCCUUACAAAAUUUUUGCAUGUAGCUGACAGUUUAUAUGGAUGUUUGUUAAUAAAAGGAAAAGUGAUUGUAGCUUCUAAGGAAUGGUGGACAUUAACUAGUCAAGAAAAAGUUUUGUUGUGUGCAUACGUGAACUGUUUGCCAAAAGUACUAUCCAGAGAGUCUGUCAUUUUUUUACCCACUUCUUCUCCUCAUAGUACAAAUAGGUUAGUAACAUUACAUUUGUUGAGAGAUGUUGAAGUCUGUGUUUUAUGCUCAGCUGAACCUCCACUCUCUGUUUUAGAAGAUGAGGCACCAAAGGUUUGGAGAGAGUGUUUUGAUGUAUUAAAAGUGAUUGCUAAUCUUCAUCCCAGAAACAUUCCCUCCACAUUUCAAUUCGAUGAAAACAUUCAAAGUUUACUUUUAAUUAAUACUGAGACAAACCAAUCAGUUUGUUCUUUCAUUCCACUUAAACCUGAUCCUUCUGAAUCAUCAGAAACAACAAAAGUUCCAAACCUUCAAGAGCAACAAGAAGCAAUACGAACAUUAUACAAGCUUGUAAUCGGCACAUAUUUCAAAAACAAAAACCCAAAUAUGGAUCCAAAAUUAAGAGCUGAUAACACUUGCCCAAUAUUUGAUUAUGGGGAAAUUGAAUUUAAGAACUCCGAACCUCAAGAAUUUUAUAUGUCUUUAAAGGAAAAUAAGUGCUAUGUUCUUCAGCAAAGUAACUUUCAUCUGUACAUUGUAUUCAAUGCUAAAAUACCUACAUUUGCAUUAAGGCCUAUUUCCCACAAGACAUUAAAGUUAUUGACAGAAAAGAGGCUGUUUCCCCAGACUUGAAUGAUACUGAUGAACUUAUCUGAAAAUUUUGAAUUACCCUUUGAUAUAAUUUUAAACUGGGCUUUUUUUGAGAAGAUAUAAUCAAAUAUUUGAAAACAAGUAUAUAAUUAGUUUAUGGAUAAAAGUCAUAAGGUUACCCUCUGCUACAAUUUUGGUGCACUUGAAAUUUUUUUGCAGUUUCAAUCAAAAAGCUUUUUGUAAUACUUAAAGGAAGGAUUAAAGGAUUCAUACAUCAAAAUUGAAAAAGAGAAAAAGUUUUGAGUUUUCAAAACUGUUUUAAGGUGUCAACUAAGCAAUAGUUGACACCUCAAAAAAUAGUUUUUGUUCACUUUCUUUUUAGUACCUGUUUCAAUUAAAAAAAAUAAUAAAUAGAUAAUGGAACCUUAAGAAAUGAUAAAAAGACGGAUAUAUCAAAAUUGAAACAUGAAAAACAUUUUAGGACUUCAAAAAUAUAUUAAAGUAUUUCCUUUGCAUGCUGUGGCUUUGUUCUUAUAGUAAAAUAAUGCAAUGAAAAUAGUUCAGUCAUCAGUAAUUGCAUUUAUUAUAAUGGAGGCUUUGAAGUGAAAAGAUAUUGAAGCGUUAGAUAUUUUAUAAGACUUUGGCUUUUUUCUAUUUUACUGUGUUUCAUGUUAAUAUGAAUUGUCAUUUUCUCUUGUUUGUGGAGUAAAAAAUGAUUUUUACAUCAAACUGUUUCUUAGUAAUGUUUCCAGAUAAAUACCUUUUAAAUUUCCAUUUGAUGACAGCACAUUAAAUAGAAACAUCUUAUUCCUUCAUAGUGUUUUUUUACCAAAAACAGUUUGAAAAUGUAGCUUAUCAUUACAUUGCUCUAAGCUGUUUAAUUAAUAAGUUAACUCAGUCUGUCCUUAAAGUCAUUCAUUUUCAUUAAUUUGUACCUUUAAUGCAUUAUAGCUAAACUAUCCGUCCAUUAUGAACUGUUUAAGUGUUCAAAAUGUGUCAUGUGAAACACUAUCAUAUAUUCGUAUGUCUAUUUUUCCAGUGCUGUUUACAAGCAUUUUGACUUAUGAAAGCAUUCCAAAAUUUUAAAAAUGUUCAUAUUUUUUAUUUUAUUCUGAAUGUUUGUUUACUUUUGAUGGUGGAUGCAUCUUACCAGAUAAAUAUUUUAUACAUAAAU